GAGGGAGACGUUGAAACGCAAGUAGUGAGCGACUGUUGGGCUCAAACUCGGGUUUUAGGACUAUUAUUAGCUCUCAGGCCCACGUGCUGUUUAAUCAGUCAGAAGUAUUGAGUGCACGCUUUAGUCAAUUGGGCCAAACACGCGUGUGCUACAUUCAACCGGCACCAAGUCGACAGGUUUAUUUAGCCGAUUGGAUUGUUCUGCAUCGCUGUUCUGUUCCAACCGAGUCAAACGCCGUGUAACUGGGUGAAGGUUGAGGGAAUGCGUCUGAUUAGGCGUCUCCAACAGACGGGGAUUAAGCUCUGAGUCUUUAAUUAUUAUAAAGCAUACGUCAGCACAUCUCCACCCAUUGGAGGCGCGUGGGACGUCCCGCUGGGUGAGUGCGCUCCGCGUCGGGCCCGGUCAGACGUGGGAGACGCGGACGCGGACGCGGAUCGGCAGCAGGAACUGAACAGCGCCGUCCUCCUGAGUCAGUGCCACGACGCUGACGCACGAGCCGCCGGCACAGCUCCGACAGAAGCAUCCUAUGCUAUUCUGCUCAAGAUGGCGGUGCAGGCAGCGGAGAAGGACGGCAUAAACGUGGAGGACGACCACCUGAACGACUCGCUGGGCAGCGCCGGCCUCAUCUCGCCUGACAAGGAGGACCUGUCGCGGCUCCUGACGGUGCCGUUCAGCGGACGCAUCCGCGGCGGCAUGCGACCAGGAAAGAAGAUCAUCGUGAUGGGCAUCGUCGACCUGGAGCCAGAAAGCUUUGACGUGAGUCUGACCUGCGGACGCGACGCGGAGAAGGAGGCGCCGCCGUACGACGUGGCCCUGAAGCUCCGCGCCCGCUUCAGCGACCGGCAGUUCCUGCGCAGCGCUCGGGUUUCUGGGAAAUGGACGGAGGAGGAGGCGUCCACCGUCUACUUCCCCUUCAUCCCCGAUCAGCCGUUCAGGGUCGAGAUCCACUGCGAGCACCAGAGGUUCCGGAUAUUCGUGGACGGACACCAGCUCUUUGACUUUUAUCACAAAGUAAAAUCGUUGUCGUCCAUCGACACAGUACGGAUACAAGGAGAUCUACAGAUCACCAAGCUGGGUUAACGCCCCCUCCUGUGUGUGUGAAACGAGGACUUGAUCACCGAUGACCGCGCACGCACGCGUCUGUUACGUCAUCGUCCACGUCCCAUCAUGCAACACUGCAGCGGCGGAGCAACUGGAAAGAGGCUCCGGCAGUGACAAGUUAGAAUUUCUGUUUUUCUGCUUCAUUCAUUCCUUUAUUUCUGUGCGACCGGGAUCUGAUGUGAUGAAUGUGUCUGCUCCAUCUUCAGGUAUCCUUCAUUGUAGCUGUAGUUUUCAGUUCAGGGAUCCAACAGCUUAUUAAUAGUGCAUUAAUUUAUUAUGUUGAAUUAUUUAGAGAUGCAGAGAAAGAAGCAGGUGUGGACUGCUUGAAGGAUGGCGCAUGAGCAGCUUGGAUGUUUUGAUCAGUUACUCAGGAAAAAUAUCACUUGGCAGUAAAUCUGUAGGCAGUUUUCAUCAGUUUUCUAAUGGGUGAAAGCUUAAAACCUGGUCACUUUUUUUGAAAAAUAUUUCAACCAUGUUUAAAAGAAAAUGUGCAGCGCGUGGUUAGAAAUACGGGAAAAUGUAUAUUUGAUUUUCACCCAACAGCAGUAAAUAUACCGGACAAUUUUAAACUAUUGAACUUGGACCGUGGUUAAAUAUGAAGACGGAGCCAUGUGGCUCCCACAAGCAGAUUUGUUUUUAUAACUGAUGUAACAGAUCUGAGGUAGUUGAACCAGUAGUGGGACGUGUGUAGAGUAAAAUGGCCUCCUGAUCAUGUUGUAGUGUUACGCCCUGAUUUCUGUGUUGAUGCGUCUCCAACUCCGUAGGCUCCUCUGCUUUCCCUUGGGUUUGUUCCAGUUGUCAUGGUAACGUGCCACAGUCUCACCGACCUAAAUACUCAUAAAUGAGGAUUAUACCAUGACGCGAUGUCCCAUACUGUACCCGGCGGCUGUGUUUGUGUUCAUCGCUGCCGCCGCUCUCUGUGCGGAGGCGUUUGUUUGGUGAACAGGAAGUGGACUGUUCCCUCAGUGGACGAGGAGAAAGGGCUUCUUACCUGCUCAACAAACAGAACUGGCCUUUUUCCAUCCAUCAAAUAAUUCUUUGUUUUGGAAGCAGGACCAGAUCCAGAUUUUGUAAUGAAUGUAAAGUGCUUGUUUCAGUAGUAGCGUAGGUGUAGUGAUGCACACAGUCGUCCCUCAGUGUCACAGUUCUUUGGUGUCUGGUACUGAAUCCUGGUUGUCUGCUCUGCUGCAGCGGAGGCAGUUUAAGUCCAAACGCUUGUUUCCUUCACUGAGGCAGAAAGGAAGUUAUAAUGAACACUGUCAGCGGAGGUUGUCAUCAAACAGUAUUAAAGCGAUGCUCUGUUUACAGUAUCAACAUUUAAGAACACGUUGAACUAGUUCACUGCAUAAACCUGAUUUCUGAAGGAUGUUUGAGAUGUGAUUUACGACUAUUAGAGGGUAUAAAUAAGGUUUUACAGCUAGAUGGAAGUAAAAGCUGACCUUUAUUUUUAUUGGUAAUUUUUCCUUUUGAUGUUCGUAAAAAUAGGUUCAAAUGGUUCCUUUUUAAAAAAUGACCUACAGUAUAAAAUGUUACUAAACAAUUUAAGUUGAACAGUGGCACAGAUUUUUGCUGAAUCAGGGUCUUUUGGCUGAGAUGAACUCCUGCACAUUCUGACACUGAGUCAUGGUUUCCGACAUAAAAUGCUGCCGGCCCAGAAUGACCCGGUUCAUGUUGACCUAUUUAACAAUCCUUUAAUCUAAACAAGCUAAUGAGAAAUUCAAGGCAAGGUGUCAGUGAAGCUUCCUUUUUUUUUUUUUUUUUUUUUUUGUCUUAACAGCAACAAAGACGGAGAUGUUCAUAUUAAAAUGUAUUAUUUCCUUCCACACGGCAAUAAGAUCUUUGCUGCAGCACUGAAUGCUCUUCGUCCUGGUUGCUGUGGACAGGGUCUUCCUCGGAUUGUUGUUUUCAUUCGGCAGGCGCUGUUCUAUUUCUGACCCAAACAGGAAAUGAGAGCAGUUUGGUAUGAGAGCAGAAAGAGUUCUUUUUUUUUUUUUUCUUUUUAAAGGAUACCAGCCAGUGUGAUGCAUCAGUAUGAACAGAUGUGUACAGAUGUGUAAUUGUGUUUUCUCUAGAUCCGUCCACGCUGCAGCUUCCUGUAAUGACAUGUUAAUGUAUCUUCUGUGUAAACACUGUUGUGUGAUUCAGGUUCAGCUCGUCGACUCUUGAACGUGGAGCUGAACUGGCAGCACUUGGUGUCAACAGCUGCAGUUCUGUUGUUAGGAAAUAUGUGGGAGGGAGAUGAACCAUUCAAGACUCACUCAAUUAAAGGGCUUGGACCAGGAAGCGCUCUGUGUGUGUGUGUGUGUGUGUCUAGCACAUUGUGGCACGUUAGCGGUACAUAUGUUCGGAAACCUCAACAUUUAAUCUGUUUCUUCCCAGAUCAACAGAUCUAAUGAUCCCACGUCUUAAGAAUAACCUUGGAAAAUUAUUAUUCUUUUGUUCUACAACCCUUUAAAUGCAGCUGAAAAACUGAAUGUGAUUCUCUUGAUUGUUAUCUGAUUUAAAAAAAAACAACAACAAAAGGGUGGAAAUACUGUUGAACAUCCUCCAUUCACCAGCACUUUGCUUAAUGUAGUUUUUGAGGGUGACUCGUUGAAGGAGCAGCUCGUCCGCCGUGUCCCUGCUUUCUGGACUUUGGAUGUACAUAUUCAUGAACGGGCCUCGCGGGCUUCGUUUUAACACGACCUGGUGGAGUCGUGACUUUAAAGCAUUUUGUUGUGCAUGUGAGCUCGUAACCAGCGACUGUAUUUGAGUCGCCAGUUUUUGUUGCUGUGCUUGGUUAAAGCCAAAACGAAUGCAUUUCAGGGGCAGAUUCAGCUCUUUUGGACCUUUUUUUUAAGCCAAGUAAUUAGGACAAAAUCUUAUUCCGUUCUCGUCUUUGAACAGAUUGAGUGUGUGAACACCGGACAGACUUGGAUGCACAAAACAUGUAAAAUAGCAAAUUCCAACUUUACAACGUGCUGAAGGCAAAUUCAUGAUUGACUCAUUUUUAGAAGGCGAUCUGAGUAGAAGUAGCUGAUGUAUCGUGUGGUUGUAUAAUCAUGUCAUGCUUUCUAUUUAUUACAGUGUAACCAGCAGGGUUGUGUGUGUUUAAAGUCAUACCUUCCUAAUAUUACUGUUUAUAUGAAGAGCUUUUUUAUAACGGUGUCUUUUUGUUCAAGGUUCUGAUAAUAUUAUUGUUACUACUACUACAAAGUGUAUUUUCCUGUAAUACACGAGAACAUGUGUGAAAUAAGUGUUUGAUCAAACUGUGUCCCUUUUGAGAAUGCUUCCGUUUAACCGGAUCCAAGGUUAACUGUCAUUUUGAUGAGUGUUUUGCAGGAUGUGAGGAUCACCAGGCUCUUUGUCACAUCUUUGAUCUUCUGCACAUCUUUCAUGUCACCCAGCAUCACGUUGGCUCUGUGCGCCGGCUGUUUGAUCUGCUGUUUGUCAGCUGCAAAACAAGCAGGAGAGCGGGUGCGAGCACUUCUGAAACUAACAAAACAGACGACCCUUUCAUCCGUUAUUGUGAGAAUAAUGUUUUUUCCUUGGCGCGUUUGUAAAAACAGCUGCUUUGCAGUCCAAUAAACUUCUCAUCUUGGAACCGA